UAACAAUAAUCAGAAAAUCGAGGAACGGACAAGGGUCAAAGUUGUUGAUUGAAUGAGUGCAGCUAAUCAUUUGUAAUUUAACUUUUAGACAAGAGGUACGAUAGUUCAGUUCUUGUAGGAUGAUCUGAAGAUUUUUCGUUCGAAAUUUUGUCAAAUUUUAAGACUGUGAUAAUGUUCCGUGCUUCCGGUUGUAUCGUUAAGAGACAGACGAGGAGGAGGUUGUUGAAAAAAUUGGGUUUUUGUGAUUUCAGUACUGGAUCUCAGGUCCCCCCACAGGCAGAUGUUGUUAUUAUAGGAGGGGGCACUGCAGGAUGUAACUUAUUGUACCAAUUGUCCAAGAGGGGAAUCCAAGCGGUUCUUUUAGAAAGGGGUAAAGUAACAAACGGCACAACAUGGCACACUGGCGGAUUGUUGUGGAGGUUGAGCAAUUCUGGAGAUGUGGAUAUUCAGCUUUUGGAAGCCAGCAGGAACAUUUAUAUGGGUCUGGAGCAAGACACUGGGGUACAUCCAGGUAUAGUCAUGAAUGGAGGAUUAUUUAUCGCCAGGACUGAUGAGAGAAUAGAAGAAUUCAAAAGGGCCCAUUCCAUAGGUCAUUAUUUCAAUAUAGAGACCCAGAUGAUAACGCCAUCAGAUGCCGCCAAGUUAUCCCCCAUUCUCGAUCCGAAAAAUUUCAAAGCCGCCCUGUAUUGUCCGGGAGAUUCACACAUUGACCCCACCAUGCUAUGUUCGUCUCUGAUUAAGGGCGCAAAGAAACGGGGAGCACAGAUUUUCGAGAAUUGCGCCGUGUCUGCCAUACUGACAGAACCAGUAGCCAAUUUGAGGAAGGUGACGGGCGUCCAGACGCCAAACGGAACCAUCAAGACCAACUGCGUGGUGAAUUCAGCUGGCGUUUGGUCCAGAAACGUCAGUCAGUUGGUGGGAGUCGAUAUACCUUUGACUCCGAUGAAACAUUCCUACGUCAUAACCGACAGCAUUCCUGAUGUAAAGGGCACCCCCAACAUCAGAGAUCUCGACGGGGACGUCUACAUCAAGAUACAAGGUGAUACGUUGCACCUGGGAGGGUACGAGAACAAUCCUGAGAUUCUGAAAGAGGUGGCGUCUGAUUUCAAUUUCGGCCUUUACGAAUUGGACAAAUCCCUAUUUCAAGUUCACGUGGAAAGGGCUGGGGAGAUUUGUCCAGUUUUCAAAACGGUGGGGAUCAAAUCUGACGUGUGUGGACCAGAGUCGUUCACUCCUGAUCACAGACCCUUGAUUGGGGAGGACCCGAGAGUUUUAGGUAUGUUCCACAACUCGGGCUACAACUCCGGGGGUAUUCAGCUCAGUGGCGGGGUAACUGAGCAGCUGGCCAUUUGGAUAGCCACGGGAAGGCCAGAGGUUCACAUGUUCAACUACGACAUAAAAAGGUUCAGCCUCCUCCAAAGGUCCGAUAGAGCCUGGGUGACGGAAAGUAGUCACGAGGCAUACGCGACCAAAUACAACAUAGUAUUCCCGAAUGAUCAGAAAUUGGCUGGCAGAAAUCACAAGACAGAUAUGUUCCAUGAGGCUUUAGUAGCCAAAGGUGCCGUUAUGGAACAAGUGCAGGGCGUUGAAAGACCAGCCUACUACGUGAAAGAUAGAACGGUCCCAGUCAGGUCAUACGACUGGUAUGGCGCCUACGACCACGUCAGAAACCCAGACAAUAGAUACGAGAAAGAGCUGGAAGGUGACCGAACUUUUGGCUUCUCCGCUCACCAUCAUGCUAUCGGCGAAGAGGCUCUGUCAAUCAGAAACAGCGUCGGCUUGUUCAAUCUUUCCCAUUUCACCAAGAUGUACUUGACAGGCCCAGACGCCCAGGAAGCCGCUGAUUGGCUGUUCACCGUUGACACCGACUUGGGAACGGGCAGGGUUGCGUAUUCUUGCCUUUUGAACAGCAAGGGUGGCAUAGAGGCUGACUGUACUGUUACUCAGCUGAGCGAAGGUGUUGGUACACUUGUAGGGCCAAUAAUGAAGGGCAAAGGUUACUAUAUUGUAGCUUGUGGGGAAAGUGGACCUCAAGCAGUGAACCAUAUAAGAAAAGAAUUGAUAAAAAAAAAUUUCAAAGCUGUCAUUACGGACACCACAGAUAGAAUGGGCAUCCUAUCCCUACAAGGACCAAAGAGCCGGCAAUUGCUUCAAUCCGUGACAGAUUUUCCGAUCACCGACGACAGAUUUCCCUUAGGAAUGUCGCACUUGAUCAAAAUAAACGGCAACCUUUGUCGAGCAACAAGAAUAAGUUUCGUUGGGGAGUUAGGUUAUCAACUCCAUAUACCGGUGGCCUUCUGCAUCCCCGUCUACAACAAGCUGAUAGACGCUGGAAGAGGUUUCGAUCUCCAACACAUUGGUUUCAGGGCUUUCUACUCUUUACAAUGCGAGAAAGGUUAUCACUUAUGGAACCACGACAUAAGGAUGGAUGACAACCCUGUCGAAGCCGAUCUCAGAGGAAUUUGCAGGGAAAACGGCCAAUACUUAGGCAAGCAGCACGUUGAUAAGUUGAAGAAAUAUGGCUGCUACAAGAGGAGAGCAUUUUUCACCAUGCAGAAUGACGUCUGUCUUCAUGGUAACGAAACUGUUUGGAGGGAUGACCAUAUAGUUGGUUAUUUGAGGAGGGGCAACUAUGGGUACAGUUUAGAUUGCAGCAUUGGCAUUGGUUAUGUUCAGCAUCCAAAAGGUAAAGUAGUAGACGACGAGUUUCUCAAGAGCGGAAAAUAUGAAAUAGAAGUUUCGAAUAGAAGAUAUCCUGCCACGUUGUUCUUGAAGAGUCCAUUCGAUCCUACCCAUAACAGGAUUUUGGGAGAUUAUGAGUUCGAGGUUCAGGAGCAAGAACAUUUUGAAGACUGAUAUUUUGAAAUGUGAAAAUUUAAACUUUUUCGUGGGAUAUUAUAUACAAAAAUUAUUUUAAGAAUCA